AUGAAGAUGAAAGUGAAAACCGCACUUGUGAUUCUCUUGGUGCUCAUAUCAAUUCAGCAAUGUUAUGGAGGCGCAAGCAACUGGACUUGCACAUGCUUCUCUUCGAGGAGUCAAAGUGUUAUCCUGGAGUCUAACUGUACCACAUCAUGUAAUUGCAGUCCAGAUAGAGACCAAUGGGUAUGCUUGUGUCCUACAAAUGGAUUUCCGAUUAUAGCCAUCGCCGGUUCGAAUUCCUCAUGCUUCACUGCUUGCAACUGCUCUGCAGGACCUAUAAGCGAGACCAAAUCUUCAAAGAAGCAAUCUCUAUCGAGGAAACUCGUUCUUGUUAUACUAGUCUUCUGCGUUGUGCUCACUUCGAUAGCGUUUCUUGCAUCUAUGUUUUGCUACAUUUGUCGAAGAAGCGAAGUCUCUGGACAAACACCUUCAGUGUCUUCAGAUAGAGAAUCAAGCUGGCAUAGCUCUUCUAACUUAAUAACCCGUAAAAGCUCUGUUUCACAACCCAAGAUCAGCAUCAGCUCCUCAGUGACAGGAUGUUUCUUUCACAAUGCUUCUUUGUUUUGUGUGAGCAAACCGGAGACAAUCCACGGAAUGAUUUUUCAGUUCUCAUACGCUGAAUUAGAGCAAGCAACGAACAAAUUCUCAAGCAACAGUGUGAUAGGACAUGGAGGAAGUAGCUGCGUUUACCGUGGACAGCUCAAAGACGGCAAAAUAGCUGCGAUCAAACGUCUUAAUACCCCUAAAGGAAACGACACAGACACUCUGUUCUCAACAGAAGUUGAGUUAUUAUCAAGACUCCAUCAUUACCAUGUGGUUCCAUUGAUUGGAUAUUGUUCUGUUUUUCAUGGCAAACACGCAGAGAGGCUUCUGGUUUUCGAGUAUAUGUCUUAUGGAAAUCUGAGAGACUGCUUAGAUGGAGAGCUGGGAGAGAAAAUGACAUGGAACAUCAGAAUUUCUGUAGCUCUCGGAGCUGCAAGAGGGCUUGAGUAUCUUCACGAAGCUGCAGCUCCAAGAAUCUUACACAGAGAUGUUAAAUCCACAAACAUUCUCCUUGAUGAGAAUUGGCAUGCAAAAAUAACAGAUCUUGGGAUGGCCAAGUGUUUGAGUAGCGAUGGUUUUCAAAGCGGUUCAAGCUCUCCAACAAUGGGACUACAAGGAACAUUUGGCUACUUUGCACCUGAAUACGCUAUUGCAGGAUGUGCUUCACCUAUGUCAGAUGUUUUCAGCUUCGGUGUUGUUUUGCUUGAGCUUAUAACCGGAAGGAAACCGAUACAGAAACCAAGCAACAACAAAGGAGAAGAAAGUCUUGUUAUUUGGGCUAUGCCGCGUUUACAAGAUAGUAAGCGGGUGAUUCAAGAACUGCCAGAUCCGAGGCUAAAGGGGAAGUUUGCUGAAGAAGAGAUGCAGAUAAUGGCGUAUCUUGCUAAAGAGUGUUUGCUUUUGGAACCAGAAGCUAGACCAACAAUGAGAGAAGUUGUUCAGAUUCUUUCAACCAUCACACCAGACACAACCAGACGUAGAAACUUCCCCAUUAGUCAUCUUUUUCAAAGUAAUGAGAAGAAGAAGGAAAGCAAAGUAGGAUGGUCAAGAAGUGGGAGUAGGAGUGGACAUGAAGAGGAGUCAGUGGAUCUGACUGAGCCACGGUUCGAGUCCUUCUGCUUGCCGAAUGUGAAGCCGGUCUUGCUUGAAGCAUCUGCACAUAUUUAA